GGUGUUUUGACCCACCAAAAGAUGCCCGCCCACUGUGCUGUGGUGAAUUGCAGCGAUAAAUAUUUGCAUGCCGGCAGCAUUUCCUUCCACAGAUUCCCCUUUAAAAGAAAAGAUUUACUGCAAAAAUGGCAGGACUUUACCCAGAGGACGGGCCAAUGGAUGCCCUCCAAGUGGAGUGCCGUGUGCAGCCGCCACUUCGUGGACGAUGACUUCAAUUGCAGCAACAACCGAAAGACGCUCAAAAAGAACGCUGUGCCCACGGUUAGAUUGCCGGAGGAGGAUGCCCCAAGUGUGCCAGUGAAGCAGCACGUGGCUCCCACUAGACCAGCGAAUAAACCCACCCUCGCUAGUGCCGCCGAGGCGACGGCAACAGGUGUUAAGGCCACCUGCCGCUUUUGCGGCACUUCCGCUCUGAAUUGCUCUUCCUUUGACAACAACUUUGAGCUGUUUGGUAUGAUUCAGAGAUGCUUUCCCACGCUCCAGAUCCUGCAGGAUGACACGCUGCCCAAGGACAUCUGCAAGGAGUGCUGCCUGAAGCUGGAGCAAUUCUCCCAGUUCAUCGAUGUGGUCAUGCAGGCGCAAAGCGAGUUGCAGCGCAAGUAUCGACGCCAACUGAAGAUCAAACAGGAGCCUUGUCCGGUACGCGUCAAGCAGGAGGCCUGCGAGAGCCUGGACAAUCUGUUUCCCGACGAACUGGACUUGGGCCUGGAGCAGGACGAGGGUUGUGAGCACGAGGAGACGGAGCAAAAGUUCCAAUUCUGCGAUUUUCCCAUGCUGAACUCCCAGGACAUAAUCAACAAUUGUGAUAUCAUGGAGAUUAUCAAUCUGGACGAUCCGUUCAUCAAUAUACCGGAUGACGCGGACGUGGGGGGUCAGGCGGAGCGAUCGGAGCCCCUGAGGACGGCCAAUGAGAUGCUGCAGUCGGAGCUGCUGACCGAGGAGCAUAAUUAUGCCAAGGAGGAAUGGCCUUUGCCCAAUCUUCAGUACAAAACGGAGAAGGUGGAGGGUGCAGAAGUGGCUCCAGAGGCUGGUCCUCCUCCGCCUAAUGCUCCUCCAGCCAUGCCUGAUACCCGCUCCUGCAAACCCAUUGUCACAAAUGUAAGCCAAAUACCCAAUCCAAUGCUCUGCGAACUGCUGCCCGCCCCGGCGCCAGUGCCUCCUCCUCCCACCUCCAGUAAGCCAAAUAUUGUGGUUCUAAACGACAGCGUGGUCCAAUCCUCCGAUGCCUUUCGCCUCCACAGCUGCAGCCUGUGCACGGCCAAGUUUAUAACUCUGGAAAGCCUGAAUCAGCAUUUUGCUCUCAGUCACAACAGCACACCCAUGGUGAGUGUGCCCGUCAAUCUGCCGCUGAAUCCUGCCCUGAAAUUGGAGGGCAACACUCAGGGCUUUAUGGCCACGGAGCCCUUGGAUUACUGGCAACCCGAGUGGCAGAAUAGUCCUCCUGUAACGGGCUUACAGCAGCAGCAGCAACAGCAGCCAAAGAAAAAGAUCGACAUACUGGACAUGCAGAGCAGCUUCCUCCACCACAAGGAUCUCAUUCCAGCCACUCAACUGGCAGCCACUGCUCUGCCCCUGCCCGAUCCUCAGCUGGCUGUGGUCUCUGCAAAUUACGCCAAGCUGGCCGAUCGUUAUCGUAAAUUAAAACUGAAAUGUAAAAAGUUAAAUCCACCCAAGAGAAGGCAUGGCCACACCUGCCGGGUCUGCCAGCGAAGCUUCCCCAGCUUCAAGCAGCUUUUCCAGCAUCGUCGCUUCAAGGGACACUUUGUCAAGGUGAAACCCAGCUUCUUGGGACGCUGCAGUGGCUGCCUGAAACUGUUUCGCUCGCGUAGGGGUCUCCGCCAGCACAUGAAAUACAUCUGCCAGAGUUUAUCACUGAAGAACCACCAGCGUCGCCUGCAGAGCUUCAAGUGCCGGCACUGUCAGGCCAUUGCCUUUGCCCACUGGCGCCUGUAUCGUCGCCACGAACUCAAUUGUCCGAAAAGAAAGCCGGAGAAAACCAAGACCCACAUGUCAUCGGCGUCGUCGUCGUCCAGGGCGGUGAAGAAAAAGCAGAGUUUCUCGUGUUCCAUAUGCAAGAAAUCAUUCGGUUCCCUCAACGGCCUCAAGCAGCACGACAUCACCCACUCGACGGAGCGGCAGCACAAGUGCGGCAUCUGCGAUCGGGUCUUCAAGCGGCGGAAUGGUUUGUCCCAGCACAUCAAGGGCUACCACCUGCAGCUCAAGCCGCACGAGUGUCCGGUCUGUGAGCACCGCUAUGCCCUGAAAUGUGACAUGCUGAGGUGCAGGCACUCGCUGAGAAAGGAUCCUAUGCUGACGGGGAGUGAAAGGAAGCAGUAGGGUACAGGAGCAGGGUGUCCUUGAGAGAGGAGUUAAGGAUACUAAAUGUUAUAAGGGGUAUGUGGGGGUUAAUUCAUAAAUAUCUUUCUUAUGUGCACAUAAUUAUUUAUAUUCUGCAAUGCAUACAGGUAAAAAGGUAUUGAAAACAAAGAUUAAAUAAACAAAAUUAAAUAUUCGAGAUUUUUCAGUAAUUAAUAAAGAUUAAUCAAUGUUUUAAACAAACCGCUCCGUUAAAAAAUUUAAUGAAAAAUCAUAUUAAAAUUUUGAGUGCAAGCGCCUUCAAUUGUCUGACUACGAUCUGGAUCCACAUGUCAGCACUAGGUACUAAAACCCCACCAAACCCCCCCCACACCACCCCAAAAGGCAUUGUAACUCCAGAAUAAUGAAUCCUUCCCAGCUGGAAAUUAAUUUGUAGCCAAGAAACAAGGUUUCACUAUCCAAGAGAAUUUUUUGUAAAAAGGUCUAACCAAAUAACAUAAAAGUUUU